AUGCAUAACCUAUCAGUGAAUCGCCAAAUAAAAGUGGGUCGCUCUAUUGUCAACUCUUGGAAUCAUCGGCUACACGCAGGGAAGAUCUUGUCGGCAUUGGCAAGGCAAGAUUUCAACGAGCUACGGCGACUGGCACAAGUACCAGGUGGUUUUCUUUUAGAUAGUAUCCGACAGCGUGUAUGGCCUGUCUUACUGCACACGCAAUAUGGCUGUUACUUGAACGAAAAAGGAAGCGAGGAAGACUUGGCUGAUCCACAUCAAAUCGCCAAAGAUAUCGAGCGAUCAUUUUAUUAUUAUCCGCAAGGUAUUUCAUCGGCACAGAAAGCUCGGAAACAAAAAGAGCUCCAUGAUUUGAUCGUUGAAAUAUUAUGGCGAAAUCCACGUCUCAAAUACUACCAGGGCUUUCAUGACAUUUGCAGCUGCUUUUUACUCGUCCUCGGAAAGAAAGAUGCUAUCCCAGCUGCUGAAAACACGGCAUUAUUUUACUUGAGAUAUCCUUUUUCGCCAAUUGUAAUAUGCCAUCAAAGAGUACAAGUAUCAAACGUUCCUUAA